UAGCACAUGUUGAAUUGAUUCACUAGUUGAGAAUUGCUGAAAAGGAAUUGCUGAGAUGUUGAAUAUUAAAUCAUUAGCUCAAACCUUUGUGUUGCUCCUGUCCAUUGGAUUUUCCUGUGCUCAGAUAUCGCCGUUACCUGGUUGGAGCAGUUGUGCAACAGGACCAAAUCCUGCAACUGGUGUUUCUAUCGGUGUCACUAAUUGUACGACAGCACCAUGUACAUUCUUUUUAGGGCAAUCGUACACAUUUACAGUAUAUGCCAGAUCAGGUGUAAACACCAAUUCAGUUCCCUACGCGGUAACGGCUGCAUUCCCAGGAUUGGGUAGUUACAAGUUUAUUGAGGGUGAUGGUUGUGACGUUCUGCUUCUUGGAACGUGUCCAAUAAACAAUGGAAAUCUCUACCUCGCUGAUCUCACCUACGACGUUUUAUCAAACACACCAACAGGGUACUCUGUCAUUGAAAUCUCCGUGAAGGAUGCAUCCAACAGUGUCAUUAUCUGCGCUCAAUUUUUCGCUAUUAUUGCUGCCUGAUAGGACCAAAAAAACAUGUCGAAAAAGUUAGAUUAAAAGAAUAAAGCGUAACACCGAAA